AGAUCCACAUCCUACUUGACUUCACUCAAAACCGUCAUUCGUUGCCUGCUAUCGACUUGCGGCCGCCCUUCUUCGACCACCUGCACUCGAUAUCUCCGUGGCCGUGCCGGAGGCGGGGGCCAGGCCUGUUUCCAACUUCUAAUUAAAGAGCCACGCGACCAAUUACGUGUUCCUAGGCUGAUCACGCUCCCAGGAGUCGCGGGCGGCGGGCGCCGCUACCCUGACUCUCCACUACAGCCCACGCCAUCUCGCCUCCUUUGCCCAUUCCAUCUGAUCUCCGCCGCCCGUCGACGUCUGGCGUAGGUCUGGCUUGAUCCACGUUGCUGGUCAUUUUUCGUCAGACGAUAUGACAGUCACUCAGGGGAUUGAAAAGGACCAGAGGCCAUUCGCAGCCACGUCCGAUUCCUUAUCCAAGCUCAGUCGAGCUCAGGGGAUUCGCAUCGUCCAGGACGAGGACAUGGCUCGGCGUAUGCACGAUCGAUGGAAGGCUGAGGCUGCCUCGUCGUCAGCAUGGGAAGACGUCGACGAUCGAGUGCCUCAAGCUGGCGAUCGCUAUCAUUAUGAUGGCUCGCCGGCCAGCCCGAGGCGGACAUUGAGUGGAGGAGCAGGAACAGGCGUAGGCGUCGAAGGCGCACCCAAGUACAAUAGAAAGGGGCCCACCCUUUGGUGGCCAGAGGGGUCUUCCUCCUCGACUGAUCCACUCUCGUCAUCAUCUUCGUCCUCGUCCUCAUCGUCCUCGUCGUCUUCCUCGUCGUCCUCAUCCUCUCAAUCGAAUUCGCGGCGAAAAGGCGUUUGGGUACAACAAGAUUUCCGCCACCCAGACGACGCAAGCCGCCUUUUGUGGGACGAGACCAACAACGGGUAUCCCAUUGCGCUGCCCUACAAGCCCAGGAUGCGCAACAACGGCCUCGAUCGCAGUUACCUCUCGUCUUCGCCACUGUCCGAAGAAGAAGCGGCCAAGCUCUACGACGCCAAGCUCAGAUUAGCCCAUCAGAUCCGAGCCACUCUCGCAAACACUGACGAGGGUGCAUCUUCUAAUGCUGCGAUCAAAGCAAGACUGAAUACGGCUGACUUUCCGCCCAACUUGCCCCCCGGAGGCGGGGUCGGGGGCGAUGGGGGACAACCAAUCUAUCGAAGACCGGACUCGACCGAUGACACCUUGGCGUUGCUUCUUCCUCUCCUCGUCCUUCUUUCGACGCUCCUGUUUCUCUUGCUCGUCUUCAUCGUCAUGGUUAUUUUUGUCCGAAGACGAGCUCGGAUCGCCCUGACUGAAGGCGAUGGACCGCUCGACGUAGGCCGCGAAGAGGAGCUCGAAGGCCACGGUGGUCUAGACGGCGUCGAGGAGCGCUGGUUGGAAACUGUCGACGAGCACACGAGACGCGGCUAUGCGAGAGCCAAGGAAUGGUCCCUCAGCUCUCCACCUGGAUCAAUGAGCACAGACAUUACCUUGAGCCAAUUUCUCAGCAUCCAGGAAAAGGGCGUCUCCGCAUGGAGCUUCGACCCAGACUACGAGAGCAACCCAAGCGUCUUUGUCGAAGCUCGUACGGAGAUCACCUUCCUCGCUGAUGGACAGGGCAUGGCACCCGAAGAGGGUGGCGGCUGCUGCGUUCAAAGCAACCUUCCCCUGCCUAAGCUCAACGAAGUGUACUACUGGGAGGUGAAGAUGUUCACAAAACCAGACACUACAAACGUCGCGGUGGGCCUGGCCACCAAGCCCUACCCAAGCUUCCGACUGCCGGGCUGGAGUAAGCACUCGGUCGGCUACUUCUCGUCGGAUGGAUUCAAAUCGCACAACUACCCCUUUGCAGCACAGUCCUAUGGCCCUGCUUAUGUUCAGGGCGAUGUCAUUGGAGUCGGUUACCGACCUCGAUCAGGUACUGUUUUUUUCACAAGAAACGGCAAGAAGCUUGAGGAUGCCUUCAUUGGUCUAAAUCGGCACAAUCUAUUCCCGACAAUCGGUACGGACGGCGCCGCUGAGCUUCAUGUUAACCUCGGCCAGGCCGGUUUCGUGUCCAUCGAGGCUAAUGUCAAGAAGUGGGGUCUCGCCCCGAUGGUUGGUACACUAGCGCCUCCUCCCGCCUACGGAAUGGAGCGAGGAAGCAUCCUGAUCGAGACGGGUCAAGGCACCUCCAACGAACAGAAUGGGGGUUCAGGCCAAAGACCUGCUAGAAUAGCCCCACCUCCUCGACGGCCCACGCUUCGCGAUAUCACCCCGCCUCCGCCGCCUUCACCUGGACCGGUGGCAACUUCUCCGGACACCGAAGGGGGUCCCUCACUUUUGUCUUCCACCUCUGCAGGAAUGCCCGGUCCUUCGUCUGGAAGCUCCCUUUCAAGAAGAUCUCGGCAAAAGAGAGUCCCACACCCGGAGAUUCCAACGGCGUCGUCAUCUUCGUCUAGCCCCCCUCGCUUGUCUCUCAACGACUCGUCUCCCUCAUCGCUGUCGCCAAGAAGAAUGGGCUCGGUGGACUCGGAUGACUCACCUCACAAUCCUCCAACCCCUCAUCAUCUCGACAUCAGCUUGCACUCGCUGCCUGGAAGCCCACACGGCGAGGACGGCAAUACCACUGUUUCUGCCUACGAUGCGGCGAGAAAUGGUUCCAGCACAGGAAGAUCUGCUCGCAAUUCCUACUUUCCACCAGUCGACGGCCCUUCGUCGGCCUCUGGAACUUUGCGAGGACCGAGGAAUGCUGAAGUUGAUCGUCGCAUUCUUCAGAGAACCAACAGCCCAAGUCCACCCCCCUACAGUCCGUCGGCGUCGGCGAACGGUUCGCUUGGCGGGACCGAGUCAAUGGGCAACCAAGCAAGACGGUCUUCAGGAAGAACACAUCAGUUGGCGAACGCGCUCUUUGGAGCGUUGGCCGACCGUGGUCUCUUGACUCCACUUUCAGCCCAAGAUAGCGAACCGCCACCACGGAGUACCAGCGAACUGCAGUCUGCACCUGGUGCCGAGGAUCCCGUUGGAGAGUACGAGCGAAUGGCAGGUCUCGACGCAGCGACACGAAGCAACACUCGAGGAAAUGCCUCGUCUACCGAUAGCUGGUUCUCAAGCUGGUUCCGUUAGAAGAGUCAUCAUUGCACUUGCCUGCUAGUUGCCUUUCGGAGGCUGCCUUGCCCAUGGCUCAAUUCGUUUCUAUUACUCUUGUGUCUUCAUUGGUGUUUCUAUACUCAUAGGCUUCAGAUAACCCUUGCCCACCCGUCAAUGAUCCCCCUCAUUCAUCUAUCUUCAACAGUGUUUGUGCAAGCUGUAGUAGGCGCGAUGCCGCCUCGUCAGGCGAACAGGCUAGAUCGGCUCAACGCCUGCUGCAGUACAAAGCUGGUGAUACGUCGUCUGGCCAGCUUGACGACAAAGCAUGUUGAAAUGACCCU